AUCAGGGCCGCGCACUUCCCCGAGGCAGCUUGAGGAGGAACGCUCGAAUCCAGCAGUUAAGAGAGGCUCAGGCACGCACCCUGGGGCCCGCGCCGCUCGCUCGCCCGCCAAGCCCGCCGCUGCGCUCCGAGUGGCGCGCUAUGCCCUGCCGCCGGAGCGGCCGCUGCGGCGCGGCCGCGGCAGUAGUUGGCGCAGCCCUGGCGGUGGCCGCGGUGCGCGGGCACGCGGCCUUGCUGGAGGCCUUCGCCGGGCCGGCUGCGGGGCCCGCCCCGGUGCGCGGGGCGCGCCUGCGCGCUGCGGCCGCCAGCCCCGGCCGCGGGGCGCCGGCCGCGGCCCGUCGUGCCGCCGUCGAAGCGCUGCGGCGGCUCGAGCGGGAGGACCAGCUCGGGCGGGCCCGUGGCGGCAACCCCCGUGCGGAGCGCCAGAGCGGCGUCCGCUACGUCUAUUGGUGCACAAGACGGGGGACGUGGCGUCUGCGUUACAGGAUCAAAAACGGCCCAGACAAAGGUCGCCAGAAGACGCCCUCUUUCCGCCCGAAGGACGAGUCGCCGGAGGAGGUGGAGCGGGCGCGGCGCGCCGCCGUCGAGGCGCUGCCGCGGCUCGAGCGGGAGGACCAGCUCGGGCGGGUCCGCGUUCGAGAUGCGGAGCACCAGAGCGGCGAAAAGCACAUCGUGUGGCACACAGGACGGAAGUUGUGGCGCGUUUCUUUCAUGAUUAACAACGGCCCGGACAAAGGUCGCAUGGCGAGGCCCGAGUUCCUCCCGAAGGACGAGUCGCCGGAGGAGGUGGAGCGGGCGCGGCGCGCCGCCGUCGAGGCGCUGCGGCGGCUCGAGGAGGAGGACCAGCUCGGGCGGGCCCGCGCUCGAGACCGUGCGGAGCACCAGAGCGGCGAAGAGCACAUCGUGUGGGAAAAAGGACGGAAGGCGUGGCGCGUUUAUUUCAUGAUUGAGAACGGCCCAGACAAAGGUCGCCAGAAGACGCCCUGUUUCCGCCCGAGGGACGAGUCGCCGGAGGAGGUGGAGCAGGCGCGGCGCGCCGCCGUCGAGGCGCUGCGGCGGCUCGAGCGGGAGGACCAGCUCGGGCGGGCCCGUGGCGGCAACCCCCGUGCGGAGCGCCAGAGCGGCGUCCAGAACGUCCAUUGGCACACAGGACGGGAGACGUGGCGUCUGCGUUACAGGAUCAAAAACGGCCCAGACAAAGGUCGCCAGAAGACGCCCUCUUUCCGCCCGAAGGACGAGUCGCCGGAGGAGGUGGAGCGGGCGCGGCGCGCCGCCGUCGAGGCGCUGCGGCGGCUCGAGGAGGCGGACGGCGCGCUCGGGCCGGGUAAUUAGCUCGGGCGCGCCCCGCGCCGGCCGCAGCCGCGGGAAGGCGCCCGCCGCGCUUGCCGAGGAAGAGGGGUAGCGGCUGGCCGCCUUCCGUGGGCGCUACACCGUCGAUGACGGCAUUUUCGAGCUUGGGGUAUCAUGUAGGAAAAAAGGACCUCGGCGUGGAUCAUCUAGCAAAGAAGUACGCACGAAACCGACAACAUGCACAGGGAAUGGAGGUCCGAGCGAUGGCCAGUCUUUCGGGACGCCCGAUCUCCACGGUAGGCUCGACAAGUAGUGCUUGGAGAGCCGUCGGUGGUUUGUCCGACCUGCUCUUGGAGCAUUUUUUGGCUGGGGCAUAUCUUUGGUUUCGUAGAAGACGUCGGCUUUAGGUUCUAAGA